UUCGUUAUUAUAUAAAGAAAUGAAAUAAAAAGAUAAUUGCAGGAUCGUGAGGCACAGGCAACAUGAGAAACACGGCUCUCUUCUUUUUCGUACUUGGUAUGUCGGUUUGCCUGUUGUACUCAUCAGAAUUCUUUGCUUUCAGGAGGAAUAGAGUGUUUGAUGGUUAUACGUGUCCUGAGUCGAAACGCGUUUUUAGUAUGGACAAAGUUUACAGCGAUAUUCAAUGUGCUUUGUAUUGCAAAGGGUCGUCGUUCUGUGUUGACAUAUUUUACCAACCACAGACAGGGAGAUGCGACGGCUGCAGAGAUUCUGAAGACUCAGAACAGGAAAUUGCCGACGGGUUUUUGUAUUACACGAGGAGAGCUGCUGACUAUACUUGGGCCACGUGGUCACCUUGGAGCAUAUGCAGCGAAAGUUGUGAUUCGGGUACUCAAAUAAGAUCGAGAGAGUGUUCCAUUCGCAUAGAGGGCAACGGAGAAUCGACGUGUGAUCAAGCGGAUGGGAUUGAUGAGGAGACACAACCGUGUAAUGAGCAAUCAUGCCCUACACCGACUCUUGGAAAGGCUUGCACAAAUAAUACAGACUGUAUAGAAACAGAAGGUGUGUGUAUUGAUGAAAGAUGUUUCUGUCACCAACUAUUUGAAUACAACAACACAAUUUUAAUAACUUACCAAAGG